UGAGGGUAGCCGUUCAGUUCCUCGGCAGCCCCGUCCUCUAGCCAGCCAGCCCAACCAUGCUGCUGAAUCGGAUGUCCUCGGAAGAGCGUCACCUGGGCUCCAGCUGCGGCUCCUUCAUCAAGACGGAGCCAUCCAGCCCGUCCUCGGGCAUUGAUGCCCUCAGCCACCACAGUCCCAGCGGCUCUUCGGACGCCAGCGGUGGCUUUGGCAUGGCCCUGGGCACCCACGCCAACGGUCUGGACUCGCCACCGAUGUUCGCGGGUGCCGGUCUGGGUGGCACCCCGUGCCGCAAGAGCUACGAGGACUGUGCUAGUGGCAUCAUGGAGGACUCGGCCAUCAAGUGCGAGUACAUGCUUAAUGCCAUCCCCAAGCGCCUGUGCCUCGUGUGCGGGGACAUUGCCUCUGGCUACCACUAUGGUGUGGCGUCCUGUGAAGCGUGCAAGGCGUUCUUCAAGAGAACCAUCCAAGGGAACAUCGAGUACAGCUGCCCGGCCACCAACGAGUGUGAGAUCACCAAACGGAGGCGCAAGUCCUGUCAGGCCUGCCGCUUCAUGAAAUGCCUCAAAGUGGGGAUGCUGAAGGAAGGUGUGCGCCUUGACCGAGUUCGUGGAGGCCGUCAGAAGUACAAGCGGCGGCUGGAUUCGGAGAACAGCCCCUACCUGAGCUUACAGAUUUCCCCACCUGCUAAGAAGCCAUUGACUAGGAUCGUCUCCUAUCUACUGGUGGCGGAGCCGGAGAAGCUGUAUGCCACGCCUCCUGCCGAUAUCCCUGAGGGAGACAUCAAGGCCCUGACCACUCUCUGUGACUUGGCAGAUCGGGAGCUUGUGGUCAUCAUUGGCUGGGCCAAGCACAUCCCAGGCUUCUCCAACCUGUCGCUCGGGGACCAGAUGAGCCUGCUGCAGAGUGCUUGGAUGGAAAUCCUCAUUCUGGGUAUCGUGUACCGCUCGCUGCCCUACGAUGACAAGCUGGCGUACGCAGAGGACUAUAUCAUGGACGAGGAGCACUCCCGCCACGUGGGGCUGCUGGAGCUGUACCGAGCCAUCCUGCAGCUGGUACGCAGGUACAAGAAGCUCAAGGUUGAGAAGGAGGAGUUUGUGACGCUCAAGGCCCUGGCCCUGGCCAACUCAGAUUCCAUGUACAUUGAGGACCUGGAGGCGGUGCAGAAACUCCAGGACCUGCUGCACGAGGCGCUGCAGGACUACGAGCUGAGCCAGCGCCACGAGGAGCCCCGGAGGACCGGCAAGCUGCUGCUGACGCUGCCCCUGCUACGGCAGACAGCUGCCAAGGCCGUGCAGCACUUCUACAGCCUGAAACUGCAGGGCAAGGUGACCAUGCACAAACUCUUCCUGGAGAUGCUGGAGGCCAAGGUGUGAUGGCCCAGCACGCAGACAGAUGGACGGACAUGAUCCACGUGGAGACUUCCACAGCGACCAGCCUCGACUCUCCACACCCGUGUCGAGGCUCCGGGCUGUCCCAGAAGAAGGGGUUUCCUGCUUCCUGACUUUGUGCAGACUCCUAGGGGCAGCGGA